UUCAGCGCUGCACACAGACAGGAGGAGGCUGCUGGUCCCGCACGAACCUCCGCACUUUGAGACUAACUUUGCUUCUUCUUCCCCUCACUCCAAGACUGAUAACGGGACCUUUGGAGGGAUAUCUAUCUCUGCUGCUCCGACGAGAGAAGACUGUUUGCUGCAGUGCCGUGAGGAGGAAUCCCUGUGCCGAGUCUCCUCUCACUUUACCCGGGGGAAAGCUUGCAGCAUGUCGGCCGGCCCGGAGCAGAGCCGGCGCUUCUCCGUGCUGUGCUGGGAGCAGGUGCGGCGGCUGGACGGCAUCCUGGGGGAGAGCGUGCCCAUCCACGGCCGGGGGAACUUCCCCACCCUGUCCGUGCAGCCGCGGCAGAUCGUCCAGGUGGUGCGAGCGCGGCUGGAAGAGCGAGGCGUGUGCGUGAAGGACGUGAGGCUGAACGGCUCGGCUGCCAGCCACGUGCUCCAUCAGGAGAACGGGCUCGGCUACAAGGACCUCGACCUGAUCUUUGGCGUUUCUCUAAAAGACGACCAGGCCUUCCGUCUGGUGAAAGACGUCGUCCUGGACUGCCUGCUGGACUUCUUGCCUGCCGGGGUCUCCAAGGAGCGCAUCACAGCGCUGACCCUGAAAGAGGCCUACGUGCAGAAACUGGUGAAAGUCUGUAACGACACGGACCGCUGGAGCCUCAUCUCGCUGUCCAACAACACAGGCAAGAAUGUGGAGCUUAAGUUUGUGGACUCUUUAAGACGACAGUUUGAAUUCAGUGUGGACUCCUUCCAGAUUUGCCUCGACUCUCUGCUCUUAUUCGACCGUUGCUCAGAGACGCCCAUGUCUGAGAGCUUUCACCCCACGGUGAUCGGGGAGAGCGUGUACGGGGACUUCAAGGAGGCUAUGGACCACCUGUGUCAGAGGACUAUAGCUACACGCAGCCCCGAAGAGAUCAGGGGGGGCGGCUUAUUGAAAUACUGUCACCUGUUAGUGCGAGGGUUUACGUCCUCCUCAGAGGCGGACAUGAAGCUGAUGCAGCGCUACAUGUGCUCCCGCUUCUUCAUUGACUUCCCUGACAUCGGCGAGCAGCAGAGGAAACUGGAGGCUUACUUGCAAAACCACUUUGCCGGGAUGGAGCACAAACGCUACGAGUGCCUGAUGACCCUGCACCAAGUUGUGAACGAGAGCACCGUGUGUCUGAUGGGCCACGAGCGGCGCCAGACGCUCAGCCUCAUCUCCAUGUUGGCGCUGAAGGUGCUCGCUGAACAGAACGCUAUCCCCACUGUGACAAACGUCACAUGCUACUACCAGCCCGCGCCAUACGUGCAGGACAUCAACUUCAGUAACUAUUAUAUUGCACACGUGCAGCCGCUGCAGAUCACGCAGUGCAGCAACUCUUAUCCGACGUGGCUGCCCUGCAGCUGAGCUGGCGUCAGUGCAACCCCUCGCUCUUUCAGAGGAGUUGGACUGAAAACACCAGAAAGAAUCUCAUGUUUGCCAAAUGUGACCUGAUUACAACUAUCCUGUACUGCUGUACAUCUGAUCGAGCCGACGUAGUAAUUCUUCUCACCUGUUUUGUCUUGCGAAACAUCUGUAAGAUUGCUGGUCAUUUCUGAGAUGUAGCUAUGAUAUCUUAUUUAAUUAUUAAAGAAAGAACUCACGGGGGGAAAAACAACAACCAAACUUCAUGUAUAUAUAUAUAUAUAUAUAUAUAUAUAUAUAUAUAUAUAUAUUUCACAAGUACAAUAUAAGAGGAAUACAUUGAAGCAGAUGAUGGUAUUUUCAUACUUUUAUAAUUACAUACUGGACCAAAGAUGUAUUUGUUAUUCAGAAAGGAUGUUAUGAUGUUAUCAGUGCCUACAAAGAACCACAAACUGUUCUAAAAACAUCUAUAAAGUGAGAACUGUGUAUUUAGUGUGUCAUAGAUUGUACUUCUCUGUCUCUUUUCAGGAAAAGAAACAUUCAUUUUUGUGAGAUUAAAAAAAAAAUAAGACAAA